AUGGAGCGGCAGAGAAAUACCGAAUACUGUCCAACCCGGUCGAAUGUCGGAUACAUCUACCGUUGGGGUCUUGGCGGUGUAACGAUGGUUGGUAUAAAGUUAACUGGAAGAACCUCCAACACUGUUGUGAGUACCUGGUUUUCAAAGACAGAAACAGCUUUUUCGAGGCUGUUGGUUCGCUACUAUAACACUGCUAGGCUGGGCGGCGGCUGGAAUACGAUAUCCUUGGGACUAGCAGUCCCCACAUUGUUGAGGUCUGGGCUACGGUACGUGCACGGGAGGUAG